AUGGCGGCUCUGGUGGUCGUCUUCUCUCCGUUGCCGCGGCUUCGCGCUCUCCUUCAGCGCUGCUGGGGGCGGCUGGAGCGCGGCCUUUUGCCGGGUUUCUCCGGGGGCCAGUGCCCGCCCUGGGGACCAGCACUAGCCGUCCAAGCUCCAGCUUUUCUUCCACAACCGGUAAACGACACUAGCGAAAGUAAUGAGGCGCCAAGCCUGCUCGAUAGCAUCUUGUGGAUGGCGGCGCCAAAGAAAAGGCGCACCAUUGAAGUGAACCGCUGCAGGCGAAGAAAUCCCAGUAAGCUUAUAAAAGUAAAGAGGAACAUUGAUGUUUGUCCCGAGUGUGGAAACUUGAAACAGAAACACGUCCUUUGUGGCUAUUGUUAUGCAAAGGUCAAAGCAGAAACUCGACUGAUACGAAUGGAAAUACGUGAAAAGGAAGGAGGACCAUUUAAUGCUCCAACUGUAGAGACUGUCGUCCUCUAUGAUGGAGAAAAGCCCACAGAAAAAGAUGAAGGCAAGCGGAUCAUUGAAAGAGCCAGGAAGCGUCCCUCUUGGUUUGUUCAAAAUUGA